GGAAUGGCCGUUGCCCGUAUUAUAAGGUACUAAGCUGCCGUCGGUCUGUUCAGUAGCCAUCUGCGAGUAGAUUUUUUCACGGUGCUACCAUCAUUUAUUUGCUCCCAAUAUGGCAUAUUUACCCUGGAGAGAUAUUGAGUUGCCUGAGAUAGACUUGGUCAGUCUGGCCUUUGAUUCACCUUAUUCAUGGGCCAACGAUGCGACCAUCCUCCACGUUGAUGCUGCGGACGAAACCAACUACAUUAACAAAUCCCAAGCGAGGACUAUUAUUAAACGCCUGGCAUAUGUGUUACGCCAUCGAUUUAACGUUGGGAGCGGUGCAUUAUAUCAAGAUGUAGUAACUUGCUUCGCAUCCAACCAGAUUCUUCUUCCUACAGUGUUCUUUGGGAUAAUUGCAGCCGGCGGCGUCUAUUCCGCGGCAUCUUCGUCCUUGACUCCCUUUGAGUUGUCGAGGCAGCUCAAGACGAGUAAAAGCAAUUUAAUCAUUGCCAGCAAAGAUUCUUUAGAAGUGGCGCUUAAAUCUGCGAAAGAAUGCGGCAUUCCACUAGAUAGUGUCCUGGUUCUCGACAGCGCAAGACACCAGAGGAGUCUGAGAGAUACGGUUCAGCCAGAACGAAAUUACCUACAAGCUACAAACGAACUAAAUUGGGCUAGGCCCACCGACUUGGAUACAUUGGAGAAGAAGCCAAUAUGCCUUAUGUUCUCCAGCGGGACGACGGGCCCGCCGAAGGGUGUAAUGCUGUCGCACAAGAACAUUGUGGCCCAGAGCCUCACUUGGCAAGCAACGUUGCGUGAUUCCCUAAACACCGCGAAGGUUGCUAAAACUGGCAAAGACCCGAAGAACUUUAAGUAUGGGAUCGUUGCUCACCUCCCAGCCGCCCAUGUUGCGGGAUCGCAGGGUUAUUUUAUGAACGGGAUGAUGGCGGGCGGUGCUACGUUCUGGAUGACCAAGUUCGUUCUUGCCGACUUCCUCCACUACACCAAAAAGUAUCGACCUACCCACAUGUUGAGUGUGCCGUCGAUUUAUCUACAGAUUAUCAACAGUCCAGAUGUCACUGAUCAUUUCCACUCACUUGUACAUGCGCAAGUGGGUGCGGCGCCUAUGGGACCGGGGUUACAGAAACUCGGACAGGAGAAGAUAGGGUGCUACCUCAACCAAUCUUAUGGACUUACGGAGACGAGUGCAUCAUUGACAAUGACGCCAUGGUACCAUAAUGAUACUACGGGAGGAGUUGGAGCGCUGCUCCCCAAUAGCAGACUCAGAAUUGUGAAUGACAAUCUUGAAGACGUGGUGGAAGGACAAGAAGGUGAAUUUCUCAUCAAGGGCCCAAUCGUUACUCAAGGGUACUACAAUAACCCCGAAGCAACUGCGGCGACAUUUACCUUAGACGGAUGGCUUCGCACAGGCGACAUUGGCCUGCGGAGGGAUGGAUUGUUCUAUAUCGUUGAUAGAAAAAAGGAACUUAUAAAGUACAAGGGGCUGCAAAUCGCUCCUGCUGAGCUAGAGGCAUACCUACUCAGUCAUGAAAGUAUCCUAGACGCAGCAGUCAUCGGCGUAGAAGAUCCCAAGGUCGAAAGAAACGAGGUACCAAGAGCUUACAUCGUACGGAAAGGGGAUAAGAAAUCGCGCUUGAUUACAGAACAGGAAGUGAAGGACUAUGUUAAGAAGAAUCUGGCAGCGCAUAAGCAGCUACGGGGUGGCGUAGUUUUUGUGGAUAAUAUUCCAAAGAGUUCAUCGGGCAAGAUUUUGAGGAGGGAGUUGAGGGACCAUGCGAAGAAUGAAAAGCCACAGGUGAGGCUGUCGAAGUUAUAG